UAUAUCCGGCGAGUAGCUGGCGGUUUCGGGUGCUGCUGGGCUGUGUACUGUGAGGGAGGGUCGAAGCUGCCCGCUGCUGCCGGAGAAGCCCCUAGGCCGUAGCACGCGUUAAUAAUGUCUUUCAUCUUUGAGUGGAUCUACAAUGGCUUCAGCAGUGUGCUCCAGUUCCUAGGCCUCUACAAGAAAUCUGGAAAACUUGUAUUCUUGGGUUUGGACAAUGCGGGCAAAACCACUCUCCUGCACAUGCUCAAAGAUGACCGACUGGGCCAGCAUGUUCCAACACUACAUCCCACAUCAGAAGAGCUGACAAUUGCUGGAAUGACUUUUACAACCUUUGAUCUUGGCGGGCAUGAGCAAGCACGCCGGGUUUGGAAAAAUUAUCUCCCAGCAAUUAACGGGAUUGUCUUUCUGGUGGACUGUGCGGAUCAUCCUCGCCUCAUGGAAUCCAAAGUUGAGCUAAAUGCUCUAAUGACUGAUGAAACAAUAUCCAACGUGCCAAUCCUUAUCUUGGGUAACAAGAUUGACAGAACGGAUGCCAUCAGUGAAGAAAAACUGCGUGAGAUAUUUGGGCUUUAUGGACAGACCACAGGAAAGGGGAAUGUGACCCUGAAGGAGCUGAAUGCCCGCCCCAUGGAAGUGUUCAUGUGCAGUGUGCUCAAGAGGCAAGGCUACGGCGAGGGCUUCCGCUGGCUUUCUCAGUAUAUUGACUGAUGUUUGGACAGUGAAAAGAAAAGAGUUCUACUUCUCUGGACUGAUCCUAUUCCCAGCUUCCUCAUGAACUUUUCUAAUAGAACAAGGAAAGCUCUUCCACCGUGUGUGGUGUUGAGAAGCCGAGAGUCUCUGUCAGCCCUCUCAUCGCCCAGUGGUGACAUGUGCUCUUCUCCACACUGUUGGGAGGUGACGCUGCCCCACAGGCCGGCACACGUCAGUGUCCCGGGACGCGGCAGCUGGCGGGAUCUGCUGGGUGAAGCUGUGUGCCAUCGUGGGGCCCCUGAAAAGAAAAACACGUCUCACCACUGGUUGAUUUCAAAAGAAAGUGAUUCUAUUUUUUAAAGAAAGCAUUGUUAACGUAAUUGGUGUCCCUCUUCGCAUUUUGAGUUCAAAAUUUACUUGGUCCAGAGUUUUCUAUUCUUUUUUUUUUUCCUCCUCAUGAUCUAAUGAAUGGCAUUUAGAUACUUCAUAAAAUUAUGCACAGAAACACGUCGGAGGCCAGAGCUCAGUCAAGUGAACUCACUCGUGUUGAGAUAACAGGUUAGUGACAGAAGCCCCAACCCCCGUGUCGCUGCCUGCCUUGUCACAGGUGGGCACCGCCGUGUGCACAGAGAAGCAGGAAAGGGCGGAACCUGGGCCUGGCAGUGGCGGCCGGUUUGCCCAGUGGCCCGCCGGGGCUGCCCCUCAUCGGGGCCCAUAGAGCAGGGUGCUCACUGCGGAGGGGUUAAUUCUAGAGCGGUUAUUUGCUUAUUUUUACUUACAGAGUUACAAACUGCAGCCAGCCUUUGCUUUUAUACUGUUGGGAAACUUCAUUUCUCUUCAUACACCCGUCUCCUGUUCCGCUGUAAGAAAUGACGUUUGCCUCCUAAAAGAGAACACCUCCUGAUUGCCCUGCAGCGCAGGGGGGUGUCUGUUGCUCUUGCACAGGUCCUAGGGGAAAAUUUCCUGGAUCGGUGAGUUGCAGAGGACAAAGUUAGCAGCUAAAGGGCUCUUAAUUCUGUGAGUUGAGAACUUAAAAAAAUCUGGUAUGUGUAUCAUUUGUUUGGACCCAGGAAAGAUGGAUUUAGUGGACUUUAAAAUGUUCACUUGCAUGAUUUGGUCUCUUUAUUGGACUGUUCAUGAGCUCUUUUUAUCGGUUACCUGUUUUCUUGGCGUUUAAAGGUUAACAUCUCUAGCUAAUUUUUUUUUCUGGUAUGAAAUUGCUCUUCUCCAUUCCAGAAAUAAGCGGAAUCUCUAAGAACUUUGUGUGGUGGUGGUCUUUUUGAGCCAGCAUUCCUUGUCAGGAAGUGCUCAGUAUAAAAAGCCUCAGCAUCCCCACUAGUGUGAUGUGAUGAGGAUUAUUUUUUUAGCGUUCCUUUUUCUUAGUGCCACUUGUAACAUUGGAUUUUCAUGAUCUUAACCAAGAUUAGACCCUUUCUUAAGAUGGGUGGAUACCUUCAGUUUUUCCUUUAAUGAGAGAUUAGAAGUUUCCUCAAAACUGAAAAUUGUGAUGAUGACACUUAUUUGCAGAGGAUUGAACUAAAUAAAUUGAGUGGAAUUUUGGGUCUCGUGUGAAGGUGGGGAAAGUGUGGAUAACAAAUUGCAGAGGUGAGCAUAUUGUUCUUUAAUGGCUUUCUCAGUGUUAGUCUUCAUGACUGACUCGUUAGGAAAGCAUCCUUUUCCACUGCCGGGUGCCGUGCGCAGAGGCUCAGUGAAGGAUCAGUGUGGGAAGAGCAUGCCAUUAUUAUUAGCAAGCAUGGCGGGAGUAAGACAAAACCGUUGGUUUGGAGAGGGGUGAAAGCCUUCAAUGAACAAAUCUAGCUAAUGGUGAAUGAGCUAGGUAGUUAACAUGCAUACUUUUCAUUUCCUUUGGCUAAAGGUAACCCAUACUUUCUCCAGAGACAUGAGCAGUAUGAAUGCAGUGCUAGUUCUCUUGUUGCUUGUUUUUUGUUUUUUCCUAUUUGUCCCUAAUCACUUCGUAGCAAGCUAGAAAACCAUGGAUUCUACACAGCACGGCUCUUUGUGAAAGUGGUGUUAUUUUGGCCACUGGAGAAAGAGGAGACUGAAAAGUCUGCUGGCAUCCGUCUGUUUCUUGCUCCACAGAAAACUCUGUUCCUAUAAUAAGGUUGCAUAAGAGGCUGAUGUGAGGAGCUCGUCUCCCAACGGUGAGGGUCAGAGCUUUGUACAAGUUCUCCCAUGAAUUGAGACUUUUCAUUCUGUUUUAUCAGAGUGCACAUAUGUCCUAUUUCAGGAAAAGAAAAACAGUCAUUUACAAAAGAAAGUCAAUCUGUAUCCUAAGCAUUUUAAUAAAAAGUUAAACUUAU